CUGAGGAGAGAGAAAGAGAGUGGUGUGUGACUGUGCACAGUGCAGGCUUUGAUACAUUUGUCAAACUAUCUCAACACCACCUGGUGUGCUGCUGGUUUCUCCUAUUCUUCUACCCAGGAGAAUCUCUCAUUUACUUUCAGGGGGUGAAGGAUAGGGGAAACAAGGAAAGCAACUAAAGAAGAAGAGAAAAGAGUGGGCAUGGUGGAAUUUAUUCCCUUUCCUUUGUGGGAAUGCCUAGCCUUCCUAGUGGCAAGAAAGGGGAAGUUGGAGGUUGAAUAUAAUGCUGAGGAAAAGGAGCAGACCAAUUCAGAAGGAUCAAAGCAAAGGGUUCCUGAUGUCUCAUCCAGCCUCAGGCUCCUGCUUCCCCUCUGAUGGUGUGGCGAAGAGGACCAGUUGUGCCUCCUUUCUUAAUGUCCAUGGCCAUCUUGUAGGAUUCAGCAACAAGAAGGGCUUAUCAGAAUCUGCUACAGUUUGGGGCCAUACAUCUCCCUUGGACAAGGUUUUAUCCAGUAUAACCAGAUCAACAACAGGCAUCAUCGAUGGUAGGCUUAGAUGUUGGGACAGCAGCAGAGUAGGCCUUGGCCUGGUUGAUACUCUCAAUGAUGAGGCCAAACCUUGUGUGAAGGUCUUAGGGUCAUCUGAGAGCAGGAACAUUGUGUUUGGUUCACAGAUGAGGUUAAACUUCUCAACCCCCAAAUCACAUCAGGUUGGCCCGAGAGAUGACCCUUUAGGAGCAGCUCCUCAAAUCGGAUCAUCUAAACCUCGGUCAGUUUGCUCGGAGAUGGCUAUAGAAUUAAAAGGAUCUAAAUUCGUCCAUGAGGAGUAUGGACUACUGCGAUCGUGUUCAGUGGAUACUGGUGGAUUUUCUUUGCUCCUUACUAAAUCUAUUGGCAAUAACCGUAAGUCCAAUUCUGAAGUUCUUCGAUCAGAAUCUAUGGAUAUAUUGGAUUCUCCCCCACUAGCUAAGGAGGAUACCAAUUUUGACAAAAUCUCGGUGUCCUUACCGAUAUCUUUUGGCUCUUCUCAUAGAUUUAUCGGUUCACUGUCAGCAAGUGAGAUCGAGCAAUCUGAAGAUUACACUUGCAUUAUAUCUCAUGGUCCUAACCCUAGGAUGACUCAUAUUUUUGGAGAUUGCAUACUUGAAAGCCACAGCAUUGAAUCACCAAAGAUCAAGAAUAAGCAUAGGAAAGAGGAUGAAGGGUCUACCUGGCUUUCAGAGCCCUCUGAGGAAAUGUUGUCAUGCUUUUUAAAUGACUCUUUGAGCUUCUGUCUCUCUUGCAGGACGAAAGAGGAAGACGGAAAGGAUAUCUGCAUGCACAGAGGCAAGAAAGCUUUGUGUGGCUGUGAGUGCUGUAGGAAUGGAACUUUGCUUGAAGAAAAGGAGAAAACCAGGAUUAUUUCAUCUGGCUCUCCUGGUUCAUCAUUCCAUGAGGAGACAUUUCUUGAGUAGAUGGCUUUGGCCUUAUAGGCUGGAGGUUUGCCCAACCCUCCUUACACCGUGAGCAUAUAAGAGUUUAGGUUGGCAAGGUGAACAAUUCGAUCAUCUGUCUGUCAAGAGCUGUCCAUAUGAAAUCGUUGGCGGCCAUGGAUGAUCAACAUGUUCCUUAAUUUGUUUGCUGGUUUUGUUUCAGAGUUCAUGGUAAUGUUGGUGAAAUUUAGCAAGCAACUGUUCCACCCUCUCCUCUCUUUUCUUUCCUAAACCAUAAACCAACCGUAAACAUUGCCUCUUGAUGGAUGUUAUCGAUCUGUCUUUCUAUUUAGCAGUGAAUAAAACUCUGUUGGCUAUAUAAGUAAAAGAAUAUGAGUGAUCAACUUUAUGGCAUAA